ACAUAUACAUACGGGCAAAAGUGCAGUAAUAGCAACAGCAGCAAAGCCAAUCUAUACACACCGGAAAAGCGAGAAGAAAUAAGAGAACCACAAAACAGCGAACGGGCGUCAUACGGCAUCGGGGCCUACAAUCUUGCUGCAGUCGUGCGUUUACGACCUACUCCAAUAACAGAGCGCAGCGCGCUUAAGGGCACGUGUGACGUCCUACAGAACACAACCCAGUUUAAGAUUCCGGCCAAACAGCAGAAACCCGCAAUGCAAGUAGAAAGUGCAGCAAAGUGGCGCGUACCGCCGUUGGAUCUAUCCGCGGUCAGUGUGCUCUCCAACGAAAGCGAUCGGCGGUGGAGCAAUAAUCACGGCCUUCAUCAUGCGUCCGGCCAAGCACCGCUACCUCCGCCACCGAAGAAGAUCCAAUAUGGUCCCGAUGGUUUGCCGAUUGAUCCCCGGGAUUGGACACGUGCCAAUGUGUGGACCUGGCUCAUAAAUUUGGCCCAGUCUGAAGGGUUGGACAUAAGCCCUGAGCUGGCGCAAAAGUUUCCCAUGAAUGGAAAAGCCCUUUGCCUCAUGAGCUUGGAUAUGUACCUCAGUAGAGUUCCGGUGGGAGGAAAAAUGCUCUACCGGGAUUUCCGGGUGCGGCUUGCUCGAGCCAUGAGCUUGUAAAUGCCUCAACUAUGGCCAACUAAUGGCAAUAAUAAAGAUGUCCAAAUCUCCUCAGUAACGUUAUUAGUAUUUAGAAAUAAGAGUGUUAAAUCCAAGAGUUUCGACAAUGCAUUAUAUACAUAUAUCUCUAGACUAGUGGUUACCAAUCUAGCUGACUUCCAAAGUUCCACACUAUGCUGCGAAAAGCAUCAGAAAGUUUAUAAAAUCUCAAAUAUAUAGCAAAACUACGAUUUAGCCCAAAUACAUAAAACCAAUAUACUUAAAUAUACACUA